GUCUUACGAACCAAGAGCAAGCAACCUGUCUUUCAACUAAGAAGCUUUGUACGUCCUUCGAGACUUAAGCAUCCUCCCUUUACCCAUUCUCAAAAUACCCUUCCGUACAUUCUUUCAACCAACAAAAUGGUCACUACACACCAUUGCCCGGGGAAGUCCCAAGGCAACUGCCGCGGGCCCGCUAAGACCCCUCGCAGCAAGAAGACCUACUGCACGCAGCAUCAAACCUACUGUCCACGUGAAGGCUGCGAUGAGCGUCGGCACUUGAAGACCGAAUCAUGCAUUAAGUGCGACGCUAGACAGGCGGCUGAAGAGCGCAAGAGAAAGGAAGAGGAGAAGAAGCAGAAGGCGAAGGAGGAGCAGGAGAGAAAGAAGCCGCAGCAGGCACAGGGUGAGAGAGAUCGGAAGGAGAAGAACAAGAAGAAGUAAAAGUUGUCUUCUUGCUUGGGUUGUCAGAGGGAUAAUUUAUCUUGGGAUGGAGUUCGGCUUCUUUUGACGGCAUUUAUGGAUGGACUAUGGUGCAUGGCGUGGGUCACACAUUGGGUGGAGUUUUCCAGCAUUUUGGUAUGGGGGUUUCUUUUCUUUUUGAGACAUGGGUGGCCUCUGUAUUGCACAGGGAAUAUCGCCUAGAGCACUCCUGGUUUUGCGUAUUACGGAGCUUGAGGGAGCAAAGUUCUAUGGAAAAUAGAGCCUGAUAUUUGCGAAUUCAUCAGUUUGGACAUCUAUGAUCUGGACUCUUCAUAAAAUACCAUUACCAAUGAAUACGG